AUGGGAGAAAUAUCACUGACCGAAUUAGAAGCGAGAGCCGCUGCCGCUGGUAUCGAUCUCUCGCUAAUCGAUCUUGAUUCAAUUCAACUUCCUCCUGGCGAUGAUUUUGGCAUUAUUAGUGAUGAUGAAGAUAUCUAUCAAGAAGAGCAGAUGGAUUUUGACUAUGGGUUAGGGAACACUAUUGUAGUCGAUAAUCUUCCUGUUGUUCCAAAGGAAAAGUUUGAAAAGCUUGAAGGAGUUAUCCGCAAGAUUUAUAGUCAGAUUGGUGUUAUUAAGGAGGAUGGCCUUUGGAUGCCUGUUGAUCCUGAAACUCAGAAAUCUUUGGGUUACUGUUUCAUUGAGUACAAUACCCCUCAGGAAGCUGAGCUAGCUAAGGAGAAGACAAAUGGGUACAAGUUGGACAGAGCCCAUAUUUUUGCUGUCAACAUGAUUGAAGAUUUCAAUAGAUUUAUGAAAGUUCCUGAUGAGUGGGCGCCUCCAGAGAUCAGGCCAUAUGUUCCUGGGGAGAAUCUUCAACAUUGGCUCACUGAUGAAAAAGCUCGAGAUCAGUUUGUGAUUCGUGCUGGCUCUGACACAGAGGUUUUCUGGAAUGAUGCAAGACACUUGAAGCCUGACCCUGUUUACAAGCGUGCUUAUUGGACCGAGAGUUAUGUUCAGUGGUCCCCACUUGGGACUUACCUGGCAACAAUUCAUAGGCAGGGUGCUGCAGUUUGGGGCGGUGCAAGUACCUUUAAUCGGCUAAUGCGUUAUGCUCAUCCUCAGGUUAAACUCAUUGAUUUUUCCCCUGGUGAGAAAUAUUUGGUGACCUACAGCAGCCAUGAACCAAGCAAUCCUCGUGAUGCUAAUAGGGUUGUGAUAAAUAUUUUUGACGUGAGAACUGGUAAAGUAAUGAGAGAUUUUAAGGGAAGUGCUGAUGAAUUUGCAAUAGGAGGAGCUGGUGGUGUUGCAGGAGUCUCUUGGCCUGUUUUCAGAUGGAGUGGUGGGAAAGACGACAAAUAUUUUGCCAAAAUUGGGAAGAACAUGAUCUCCGUGUAUGAAACUGAGUCAUUCAGCCUUGUAGACAAAAAAUCCUUGAAGAUUGAAAAUGUGAUGGACUUUAUUUGGUCACCAACAGAUCCUAUUCUUGCUCUCUUUGUUCCUGAACUUGGUGGUGGAAAUCAACCUGCCAGGGUGAGCCUUUUCCAAAUUCCCAGUAAAGAGGAAUUGCGGCAAAAGAACCUUUUCAGUGUCAGCGACUGUAAGAUGUACUGGCAGAGUAACGGGGACUACCUUGCUGUAAAGGUUGAUAGGUAUACAAAGACUAAGAAAAGCACCUACACAGGAUUUGAGCUUUUCCGCAUAAAAGAGCGGGACAUACCGAUUGAGGUAUUGGAGCUAGACAACAAGAAUGACAAGAUAAUUGCCUUUGCUUGGGAGCCGAAGGGCCAUAGAUUUGCCGUCAUUCAUGGUGAUAACCCCAGGCCGGAUGUAAGCUUUUACUCGAUGAGGUCUGCUCAUAAUACAGGCCGGGUUUCAAAGCUCACUACUCUUAAAGGCAAACAAGCAAAUUCUCUUUUCUGGUCGCCGUCUGGUCGUUACUUAAUACUUGCAGGACUUAAAGGUUUCAAUGGUCAGUUAGAAUUCUACAAUGUUGAUGAGCUUGAGACAAUGGCUACAGCUGAACAUUUUAUGGCAACAGAUAUUGAAUGGGAUCCCACUGGAAGGUAUGUUGCAACUGCAGUGACUUCAGUUCAUCAUGAAAUGGAAAAUGGCUUCUACAUUUGGUCUUUCAAUGGAAAGCUACUUUAUCGGACGCUGAAGGACCAUUUCUUCCAGUUCUUGUGGCGCCCAAGGCCACCAUCUUUCUUGAGUCCCGAAAAGGAGGAAGAGAUUUCUAAGAAUUUGAAGAAGUAUAGCAAGAAGUACGAGGCAGAGGACCAGGAUGUGUCUUUGCAAUUGAGUGAACAGGAUCGUGAGAAGAGGAAGAUGUUGAAGGAUGAAUGGGAGAAAUGGAUCAGCGAGUGGAAACGGAUGCAUGAAGAGGAAAAAUCGCUGAGGCAGAUGUUAAGGGAUGGAGAAGCUAGUGAUGAAGAGGAAGAGUACGAGGCAAAAGAAGUUGAAGUUGAAGAAUUGCUAGAUGUUUCUGAGGAAAUUCUUUCUUUUGAAUUUGGACAGGAGUAA